UCGCUUUCUUGCUACAGGCGCUACUUUCAGCACCGGACAGCUCCCGUGUUUCCCACGCUCCGCCCACCUCCGGCAGACUGGCAGUGAGAAACAACCACACGCGCCGGCGGGCGACACUUGAGGUGGCCUAUUAGGUUUUUUAUCGGGAGGGACGCAACUUCAAGAGCAAUUUGCUCAGUUCCUCGUCAUUCUACUCCUCUCGCAUGGAAUUCUAAGAGAAGGAGUAAAAAGAGACGAUGAGCACUCGGUUGUGUCGCUUCAUCUGAAUGGAUUGCGGACUGGUGAGGAGUCAGUGUUGUUUUUCUCAUGAGUUGGAGGGUGUCUGUGCAGCUGUUUGGAUCAGAUCGUAGUGUAAAAACGAAGAAGAAGAGAGCGAAAGUCUGCGUUUUCACCUGCGCGUACAAAACACGCAAAGGAUGAGAAGUGGGGAGCCUUCGAUCAUGGGUGUGAAACUGAGGACAUUCUGCGGUGUGGGCUUCUUAAAGUGUUUCUAAUCCCGCGAAGCAGCAGAAGAAAGAGACUGGCUUUGGUUAUGCUCGCCACACUUUGCCAAGUGUCCACGGCUUCUUCUCUGCGCCUGUGAAACGGAACGACAUGGCUCUCCUGGUCAUCCCGCUGCUUCUGCAAACAGCGCUAGUUUUGGGAUCGAACUAUGGAUAUGUGGAGUGGUCAGAUAAUGACCGAGACGAGAAGACCCCGCCGGUCUUCAGCACCCAAAACAUCAACAGGGAGCCGCCCCACCAGCCGACCUACUACUCGGUACCAGUCACCGAGCGCGCGGUGGUGGCGCACAAAAUUGAGGAGGACCUGCCGAGAGUGGUGACCGCUUUCCUACACACCGGGGACUCCUCGGCGCUCAGACAGGUCAACUGUUCGCGGAGGUACGAGCUGAGCAGCCUGCGAGGCGGCCUGCAUGUCGCGUCCCACUACUCCCUACACAGCAUCCUGGACACUGUAGCGCACGCUACAAACUUUUUAAAUAUGAUCCUUCAGGCCAACAGGUCCAGAGAGCACAGCCUGCAGAGAGACAUCCACUGGUACCACGCGCUGGUCCAGAGUAUCCUUGAGGGGGACCCCAAAAUCCACAGGGCAGUGGUGACCUUCCGCGCGGACUCGCCGACGCCAGGCCCUCACGUCUUCCUCCAGGCGACCAGAACCGAGAAGGAGGUGGUGCUACAGGAUUUGUCCAGCUCUGUUCACCUUCACCUGAAGAGCAAGAGCCCGGAGUCCGAGUGGUUUAAUGAAUUUAGGGACGGCAGGAGACCACACGCGCACAGAAGAGUCCUGGAGGCACCGGGCGCCAAGAGUGGAAAUUACCUUCUGGACAAGAACCAGAUCAAGUGGUCGGCACCGUACCUGGAGUGUGAACACGGGGCGUUUGUGCCUCACUGGCUGCUCACCUUGUCUGCAGGCUUCUACGGACUGAAGAGCAACUCUGCACCAGAGUUCAGGGGUGUCGUUCGCGUGGAUGUAAACCUGCAGGAUGUGGACAUUGACCAGUGCUCCACCAGUGGCUGGUUCGCUGGGACUCACCGCUGUAAUCUCACCAGCAUGGAAUGCACCCCCAUUGUUGGCCAUGGAUUUGUGUUGGACAAGUACAAGUGCCAGUGCAGGAGAGGAUUCUACCAUCCAAGCCGAGUGGCGCUCAAUGGCUUUAAAAGUAAGGAGCAGGGCUCUAACAGAGACGAGACCUCUGAUGUGUCCAGCAAGUGCCUGCCAUGCCGCGAGGGCUGCCCUUACUGCCGGGACGACACACCGUGCCUGGUACAGGAGGAUGGUGCUCUGCGGCUUGCUGUGGCCUCCUUCCAGGGUCUGUGCAUGGUGCUGGACCUGGUCAGCAUGGUGGUGGUCUACCACUUCAGGAGGAAUAAGAGCAUCCGUACAUCGGGUCUCGUUCUACUGGAAACCAUCUUGUUUGGGGCCUUACUGCUCUACUUCCCAGUGAUGGUCCUGUACUUCCAUCCCAGUGUGUUUCGCUGUAUUCUCCUGAGGUGGGUUCGUCUCCUGGGUUUCUCCAUCAUGUACGGCACUGUCAUCCUCAAGCUGUACAGGGUGUUAAAGGUGUUCCUGUCCCGCACGGCCCAGAGAACGCCUUACAUGACCAGCUGGCGGGUCUUGCGGCUACUGGCGGUGAUUCUGCUGGUUGUGCUGUGGUUCCUGGUGGCCUGGACCUCCGCUGUGUGCCAGAACCCUGAGCUAAAUCAGGCUCUGAUCACAGCAGGGCUCACCCCAGAAGGGAUGCAGUUCAGCAUGUGUCUGCUGGACCGAUGGGACUACAUGAUGGCUGUCGCGGAGUUCCUGUUCCUGCUGUGGGGCGUUUACCUCUGCUACGCCGUCCGCACCGUACCUUCUGCUUUUCAUGAGCCACGCUACAUGGCUGUGGCCAUCUACAAUGAGCUCCUCAUAUCAGCCAUCUUUCACAUCAUCAGGUUCUCUCUGGUCCUGGGGCUGCACCCAGACUGGAUGCUCAUGUUGUUCUUUGCUCACACUCAUCUGACUGUUACUGUGACCCUGGGCCUGCUGCUCAUUCCAAAGUUCCUGUCCAAAGGGACACAGGCCAGGGAUGAUAUUGCCACUGAGGCCUAUGAGGAAGAGCUGGACAUGGGAAGAUCUGGCUCUUACCUCAACAACAGCAUUACCUCAGCGUGGAGUGAGCACAGCUUGGACCCUGAGGAUAUACGGGAUGAGUUGAGGAAGCUGUAUGCCCAGCUGGAAGUCCACAAACGUAAAAAGAUGCUUGCCAACAACCCUCACCUACAAAAGAAGCGUAACUCAAAGAAAGGUCUGGGCCGCUCCCUGAUGAAACGGAUAACAGAGAUCCCUGAGACCAUGCACAUCCACCGGCAGUGCAGUCGUGAGGAUGGCAGUGAACAUGGCAGCAACCGCAGCACCCUGAGGAGAAACCCUUUUGAACCGAGUCACCAUAGCAAACCUCGGGAUGACUCCCUGAAGAACAAAGUCAUGGGCUUGAAGAAGUCACACAGCUUUGACCAUGUUUGUGACCAGGAUGAGGAAACUGGAAGCCAAGCUGGCUCAACUGCUGGAGACAAAAUGACUCCUGUUGGAGUUGUUGGAGGAGGUGGCGAGGGUUCUCUUCUGGGUUCCCUGAUUGGCCGGAAACAUGCCAAGAAGCAGCUGGAACCAGCUGCGACCCCACCAAGGCUGGAACCAGCUGAGUCCACUGAAUCCGUUCCACUGUUCUGGAAGUCAGCCAGCGCUCACAAUUUAACGCAUGAGAAGAAACCUGUCCACCUUCGGACCUCCAUCAUGCAGAAGUCUCUGAGUGUAAUUGCGAGUGCCAAGGAGAAGAUGCCAGGCCUGACCAACAAGACUCAAAGCGUGGAGGAUGCCAUUAAGAAGGGUCUGAAGGGGCAGGAGGAGAGGAUGCUGUCCGAAGUAGAUGAGACACCUGAGCAUUAUCCCAAGAUGAUCAUCAGCCAGUCAGUGGAGUACUCGAAGACGCCUAUGAAGAUGGGCAUCAUGAAACAGCAGGUGAGUGGCAGCCAGCCAUCCAUUUGCUCUGAAACCGGUAGGAACCUUUACGAUGUGUCUGAGGUGUGUCCCUGGGAGCUGGAAGAACCUCAGACUCCCACCGAAGUGAAGACACAGAAACAUGUCUCUAUAGCUCCUGGAGAAACCACCACCUGCCGGAGAGGCAGCAGCGGCUCUGGAAUCGGCAAAGGUAGCCGGUCUCAGCAGAGGCAGAAAGGAGGGCAGUCCCCAUCCAACAGACGCCGUUCCAAAGAUAAAGGAGAACGGGAGGAAGGCAGGGAAACACGGAAAUCUCGACCACCCAGGUCUCCUCUUCCUCUUAAGCCUGACGUCUGUCCCUGGGAAUUCGAUGAGCAGCCCAUGCUGGGAAGAGAUUCAGAUUCCAUCUCCCCAGACAGGAUCAGGCGUAAGAAAAGCGUGACGCCCACUGAUGGUAAACCCAAGGGGCUCCACUCAGACCACUCCAAGUCCACGGGGAGCCUUUUGCAGCCUCCCUCACUGAUGGUAGAGAUAUGCCCAUGGGAUUACACCAGCCCACCUUCACCUAAACAAGAGAAGACCUGCAACAGCCCCACCACACACAAGAAGAAACGGAAAGGUUCCUGCUCGUCCAGCCACAAGGAGAAAGGCAGGGAGAAAAGCAAGGAAAGGCGGAGCUCCUCCAGCAAGCCGCCUUCUGAGAGGAGACGCGUUAGCCAGUCAUCAGAGUGCAGUGGGCCGGUUUCUGAGCGACGAAGGAGCUCCAGCAGGGACCCAGAGAUGAUGGAGAGCAAGAGGGCGGAGGUUUUCUCCCGGGAGACCGAGCCCUCACACACCAGCUUUGCUCAGACUAAAAAAUCACCAGAGAAGAAGAAAGAGAGCUCUUUGAGUUCUGGUUACAAACCUGCAGUCAUGGCCGAUGUUUGCCCUUGGGACUUUCAGGAGCAAAACUCUGGGGAGAGAGCAUGAUGACUGGUGUGAUGAUUGUAUUUUUUGUAUUCACAGACUGACAGCACAGACGACAAAGCAAAGCAACUGAAAGAUAAAGAUUUAAUGUUGAAUUUGGUAAGAGAGCUUUUUUCUGGGUGACCAGAGUGAAAACAGAAUAUUAUUCUGCUGUCCACGGAUGCAAUCCAAACAUUACAAUUUGCCAAACAGCAAAGUUCUCGUUGUUGCAUUGCAUUGAAUCUAACCUUGAAGUCACUUUAAAUGAAUUUGAGUCUGCACUUCUUCUUGCACAUUUGUCAGAGCUACAUUGUAUGUUUGUUUAAUCACACUGAGAACAUCGAAGUAAUCUGAAGAUGAAUCAUGCCUGUAUUUACCAGCAGAUCAGACAAUCAUCUGUCAGAAACACAGUAAAUGCUUCACCUAAUAAGCUCAAUGAAUACUGACGGAUGUUUCCCCUGCAGAUGUUCUACAUUACGCAAUAAGUCAGUGGAGACUUCAGAUUCUGAAGAUGAAAACUAGCAAAGAGCAGGGAAAAACCUAAGGAAAAAUUGUGAUAUGAGCUCUGAGAAGCAGGCCAAAACCCCACACUCAGCUGUGAUGUCUUACCUUUAGGCCAAAUGCAUAAUUCAUGGCACAAACAUGAUCUGUUUGAUUAAUGGAACGUGGGAAUAACAAAGGAUUUUACUACAGCUUUAAGACGAGAAAAACUUAAGUAAAAGUACUCAAUAUACAGUAUGUAUUUUUUCAAAGAUGCCGGUGCAUGUGGCAAACUGUCAAGCAUCCAAUAACUAAAUGUUUAUUGGUUAACUUGUACUCAAAUAUGACAGUGGAACUUUUGAUGUUGUUGCUUCUGGUAUUUGUCUCCUCAUGUACAACAUGAUGCUUUUGAAAUAAUGUGCAUCGCCAUUAAUAAUGUAAACAUAUAUUUCAGAUGGCUUGCAGCUACAGCUGAGCAGUACUAAAACAUCCAUGAGGCUCUCCUUUAUCUCUUCUCCCUUACUCUAUAGUCCUGCCCUGGAUGUCCCUUCUCAGAAGCUGUAGUGUUUCCACAUGUCUGGAAAAAAAUGUGCUGAAAUCUUUCAAGGACCAAAACCAAGCCUGACUAGGGUGGAUGGUCUGAAUAAUGUAUUUUCUCCACUUAGCUGCCUGUUUUACCAUGACUGCACCUUCCUUCAAACCUUUACACAAAUUCAAUCGCUAAAACCAUGACUAUGCAUGACCCAAGCUUCUUUUUUUUUCACUUUCUGACCAACAGAAAAUGAGUCAUUUACUAUUUCAGGAUCACCUCCAACAACAACAGUCAGCCUUUCUGUCCCGUGACAAGCCACCCACCAAUGACACUGAAUGCAGUGCAGCCAAACACAGUCAGUCACUUCAGCUUCAUUAGGGUUGUAUGUGCAUGGCAGUGAAAAUACAGGAGUAUUGAUACACCGACAUUUGCAUAAAUUAUGAAAUACUUAAAGUGGAGCUGGGAGCACAUGGAAUUUUCAGAAUAUAGAUGUCAAAUGUUGUCAUGUAUUUAUCGAGCAUUUUAGAGAAGACCUUCUGUGUAAAUAAUCAUCAAACAUUCAGAAAAAUGAAAGGCUUGAUAAAUAAACAUGACGCACCACUCAAACUUUCACAUGUUUUUCUAUCUGAUGGUUGUAGGCUGUUUGAAAUGGAAUGUUUAACUUGCCCACCACAUGUGUUUUAUGCUUGUUAUACUAUAAAGUGUUGCUGCAAGAAGUUACAAUAUGUUGUAGCAUCCACAUGGGAGUAUUUAUAUUGUACAUUCAUAUUGUGUUGCAUGUACAUACAGUAAAUACCCUGUUCUCAAUUCUGGAUUAAAUCUUUCUAUUAA